AUGAAGAACGCUCCACACGUCUUGGGCGAAUUUGUCGACAAUUGGGAGCGAUUUGCAAAUAACAUUCUUCGCGGUGUCCCCACCAACAGUCAACUCACGCUUACUCUACUUCGCAUUGGUGAAGCAAACAAAACCCCCAUCCCGCCUGUGCCUACAUCUGACCCUGAAGACCGCGAUCAAAACCAAGCUGCAGAAGUAAACGAUGUUCCGCUCUCUGCUACUAAAGCUGAAGUAUCAGACGCUGUCUCCCCAUCCAGCACCAUAGAUAAGCCGUAUUCAGUGGAAGAGCAAGAAGACACUGCUCCCAAGCAUAAAAAGAUCUCCAAGAUCAUGCGCGUCUUGAAAGGCAACACAAAAGCGGCCGCCGAGACAGCGCUCGCGAUCGACCACGUACGCGCACACAUCGGCUCUGACAGGGCCAAAGGCCACCUCGGCGUGCUGCCCAAGACGAAAAAUCUCGUCUACGCCGGGCCGAGCGAGUACAAGGCCCGCUAUGACGGCAAGAAGGGUUGGGUAUACAUCACGGACUCGGUUGUGCGGUUCAGCACUAAAGAGCAUCAUGAUCAAUCCGCCCCCCUGAUUGAAAUUCCGCUCAAGUAUAUCAAACAGCUGAAGCGUGCCACGGCGUUUGCUGGGAAGGCCGCGGAGGUAGCCGCGGAUUGGGGAAUGGAGCAGGAGCUUCUGGGGAGUGUCGAGAUUGAUGAUGUAGAAGGAAAAGUCCACAGGUUUACGGCACUGCCUGAGAGAGACGAGCUUUUCAACCGUCUAGUGGCUAUUGGAGGACAUAAGUGGGUGAAUAUAUGA